AUGUCAACCCCAACCCCAGACGACCAAACACCACCACCACCACCAGCCACAACAAUCACCACGUCCUCACAAUCCUCCUCCUCCCCGCGCCUCCCCGUCCAAACCCACCACUGCCGCUUCUGCAACCACCUUCUCCUCGCAACGACCCGCUCAAUCCCAUCCCUACCGCGGCGCAAAGCCCCCGCAAAAGACGGGGCGUUAAUCCUUCCUCUUCCGCGCGAUCACAGCAUCGAUGAUGAACAAUCGAAACAACAAAAACACUACACGAUUCUCCUCUCAACCACUAUCCCGGAUCGCAAACAUACGCUCGUGCGCAGGCAAGAUGGGUUUGAGAAGAGGUUGUUCCUCCGGUGUGGACGGUGUAGAGUUGUGAUGGGGUAUUUUUUGGAUGAGGUGCAUUUUGGGAGGAUGAGUUCUCAGGAAGGAGGGGAUGGGGAGGGGGAGGGGGAGAAGGCCAGGGUGGUGUAUCUGCUGCCUGGGGCUUUGGUGGAGACGGGGGUUAUGAUGCGGGAUGAGGAGUUGGAGAAGGUGGUGAAGGGGUUAGAUAGGGAGUGGGCGGGGUGGUUGGAGGGAUAAAUCUAUUCAUCCAUCUAUAUGUCUCUCUGUCUUUGAUACUGUGCGCAUAGCAUAGUCUAUGGUUGUGGCGAUGUGUUGGGAGGGAAGUGACAAGUCGGAGUUGUUUGUGCUAUACUUUACUUGCAUAUACCAUGUAUCAUUUACCAUAUUUAUUUAUUC